GCCCUCACACUUCUCAAAUCACCACCCCCAUUCCCCACUCCUCCCACAGCAAUCGAAGCACAUCUCUCCGCUCCAGCAAAACAACCUCGACAGUCGACGCGCACGUUACGGCAAUGGCGAAGUCGCACACGCACAAGGCGUUCCUGCUCUGCAACUACGCGCUCCUGGCGGCGGCGUCCAGCUGCAUCUUCCUGACGCUGUCGCUCCGCCUCCUGCCGUCCCCGUGCGGCCUCCUCCUCGUCUUCCUCCACGCGCUCACCGCCGUCUUCUCCGCCGCCGGCUGCUCGGGCUCCUUCACCGGGCCGGCCUCCUGGCACACCGCCCACACCGCCGGCGCCGCGCUCACCGCCAUCUUCCAGGGCGCCGUCGCGCUGCUCGCCUUCACCCGCACCGCCGACUUCCUCGCCGAGAUCCAGUCCUACGUCCGCGACGAGGACGGCGCCGUCAUCCUCAAGAUGGUCGGCGGCCUCGGCACCGCCAUCUUCGUCCUCGAGUGGGCCGCACUCGCGCUCGCCUUCUCGCUCCGCCUCGACGACGACGAGGAGGAUGACGACCUCAACCGCACCAAGAACUGGGCCGCCUCCUCCUACCAUGUCUGAUCUGAUGACCUCUCCGUCGGCCUUCUCCGCUUCGUUCGCAUGCUUCGGCCGCAAACUCCUGGGAUGUGUGUGUUUGAUCUAGUGUAACUGCGCUCUCGCUGUUAUUCUUUUGUACUACUAGUAUGUACUGUCCUCCUCCCCAAUUCUUUUGUAUUGAGAUGUCAAGGCAAAUAUACAUUGCUUUACUGUCUUGCUGAGUUUCAGUUGUGCUACUGAAAGGAAGAUUUACACAGAUCAAUUGAUAAA